UCCUAUACAUCCGGGAACUCGUGAUUCAUCAACRAAAUGGCGGACGUUGAGCAGCAAGAAAAUGGAGAACAAGAUCUCUGGUCAUCAAUUCUAAGCGACGUUCAAAGCUCAGCGAGUCGAAAGCUGCGAGCGCACAAAUCGAUUUUACUCUUAGGGAACGAUGAAUCAGGCAAGUCAACUCUUAUAUCAAAAUUACGUGGAAAAGAAGACGACAUCAGUAAAGGUCAUGGCUUAGAAUACACUUAUCUGGACGUACAUGACGAAGAACUCGAUGAUUAUACGCGUCUAAAUGUUUGGAUUCUUGACGGAGAUGCUCGAAAUAAGACACUACUAAACUAUGCAUUGACUCCUCAAAAUGCCAACGACAGUUUGAUAGUACUGGUCGUAGACUCGUCAAAGCCGUGGACUAUAAUGGACUCGUUGCAUUCUUGGACUGAGGUUUUGAGAGAACAUAUACAUUCCUUGAAGCUAACGCCAACGCAGCUCAACGAAAUGGAAGAAACGAUUGCCAAACAGUUUCAAGAAUAUAUGGACCCAGAUGAGGCAGGGAGCGAUGACAAUAAACGGAGGUCUGGUGCUGGGUUAAGUGARGAGAAAGUGCUCCUUCCAUUGGAAGAAGAUGUACUUGUUGACAAUCUUGGACUUCCUGUUGUAGUAGUUGUUACUAAGACUGACUGCAUGUCUGCACUAGAAAAAGAUAGGGACUACAGAGAGGAACAUUUUGAUUUUAUACAACAGCAUAUCAGAAGAUAUUGCUUGAAAUAUGGUGCAGCACUUUUUUACACAUCAGUGAAAGAAAAUAAAAAUUGCAGCCUGUUUUUGAAAUAUAUACUUCAUCGCAUAUAUGGACUGCCAUUUCAUAGCUCAGCGCUUGUUGUGGACAAAGACUCUGUGUUCAUUCCUUCUGGUUGGGAUAGUAUUAAGAAAAUCAAUAUUGUGAAUGAACAUUUAAAGGGGAUUCACCCUGAUGACAACUUUGAUGACCACAUUAUCAAACCUAUACAAAGAAAGCCUUUGCAAGAAAAAGAAAUUGUUGCAGAAGAAGAACAAGAAUUUCUUGUAAAACAACAGAACGAAGGUGUUCUUGCAAAUUUCUUUAACAGUUUACUAAACAAGAAAACAGCAUCACCAGGUACUCCGCAGGGGAGGGGGGUACCGUCUGUACGAAGCGACGCCGCCGCCGAAUUAGAUCGAAUGAAUAGAAGUAAAAAGCUUGUUGGGCAAUCAGGAGGAAGCGAGGACACUGGGAACAAGUAGAWCGUUAUCAAUUAUUSUCCUGUUUGGCAAAGAGACUAWGAACAGCACAUGCUGUCAGCUGAAUAUUUUGUACAAAGUAGGAAAAUGAAUUUAUUCCAAAGAACAACAAAAAAAGACAGACACGAGAAUAUGGACAAAAGUCACGGUACAUCACAGGAACUAUGACGCUUUAGGUUUUGUUUUGAAAAACRGAGUCUAUUAUCACCAGAUGUGUGACAUCACAGUUGCGUGACAUCGCGAUUUAUAAUUAUUACAAUCUGAUGAGGCGGAGAUGCGUGACUUAAUAUUGUCUGUAAAGACGUAGUUACAAUUCACCUUGUGAACAGAAGGAGUAGCCAUGUCAGGUAUUAGAUGAUUAAGAUUAGAGAUCUAGACAUCGAAUAUUAUUUCUUGAAUUCACAGACGUGAAAGGUCGUGUCCAUAAUCGUACUUAUCGCACAAAAACCUCAUGGACGACAAUGCAAAUCCUAUAGUAAAUUUGACUAGGUCUUCUUCGGUGUGUAUUCUAACUGAGGGUAACAAAAUAUGUUGUAAAUAUACUUUAAUGGGCUCACAUUGUAAAUGUCCUUCCCAUGAAUCCACUUAUCUCAUUGGUUGUGUUUUUGUUUUCACUUUUGCGAGUGUUUGUAUUCUUAAUAUUAGUWUGUAGAAUCAUCUCUCAAUUUGUUGAGUUGCUUUUGUUUACUGGUUGAAUACAGUUUGAGAUCGAAUGCGCUCUUUAAUGCGAGAACUUGUUGUUUUUUUACAUUACUUGCGUAAAACUCGCACUCGUUUCGUGUGAUGUGUGACCAUGUUGAUCAGUACCUAGAAACAGACUGCGUUACAAUGAUAGUAUAUAACAACAGUGAUACACCCAAUUGCGUAAACAAAAUUGCUGUACAUUAUAAGAGAUAAGGGAUGCGAAGUCAGUUUGCAAAGCAGUUAAUAUUGGCAUUCGUUUAUUUUGGAUUUCCUCGUUAUUUUUAAAGGCAACUUGAUGUAGGUGGUACUCUUCUUCAUUCGGUGCGUAUUGUUCGUUUGAUGGCAGAUGGGCGUCAAUGUUUACGGUUCGCAUGCACACCGAGUAAGCCAUAUCAUCCAAAACGUCUGUGAAUCAAAGAAAUAAUCGAUGUCUGUACUAAUGAUCUCUUAUUUCAAUCCAAUACACCAUUCGAUAUUUUGUGUAUACAAAAAUCUCAUUGCUAAAAUGAGAUGGCAAGAUUAGUGUUACUAUAGCGAGGGCUAACCUAUUUAAGAAGACUUCUUAGUACAGGGGAAUACAUAUAUGUCAGGAAAUAUGGAUAUAAAUAAGUUAAUGAAAUUGCUAGAUAGCACAGUUGCAGUGUGAAAGUUUUUUUAUGAAUUGCUGUGCGGUUCAUAUUUAAAUAUAAUCUAGAAACAUGUAUGUUUACUCAACAAAAGCUUAAACUACUGCACUAGUUAGGUAAUUUUCCUAAGUUAUCCUACUACGGUUUUUUUUUGACAGCUGAGCGGUGAAACGAUCCAUAGCCCACUUUCGAGAUUUUUGGGAAGGAAAUGAUAAUUCUUUUUUUACGACCUCCAAGCAAGAAUAUCGAAAAUGGGUUAUUUCUAUGCAGUGUUCUCGAAGAUAACAGUAACAACAAACAAAUAGYAACAAAACAAAUGAUAAUUCAUAAGAUAAAUAACGCCAGACKUAUUUUAGACAUCAGCACUUUAGCUAAUUCUAAAUUUWAAUGUGGUCAUCAUUUCACAAAUAUCUGAAUUUUCGGUUGGAUUGWUUGGCAUGCGAAUUAAAAAAAGAAAUAAAUWAAAAAGWGGAUAUAAGGGAGAGGCAUAGACGAGGUCUUUUAGCAAGACACAAACGAGUUCUUUAAACAAGGCAUAGACUAGAAACAGGUGCGGUUUGCCCUCAUAUUCUUCGAAUAGUUAUUGGAUCAUUGUUAGUAGGUUUUUUUUACUUUGAUUUUUUUCUCUGACGUUAUUCUUGCAUUGUGAGAUUGAAUACAGUUGCCAUGGUGAAUAGACGGAUUUUCUUCUGACUCGCAAUGUAUUGUGAAGUUUCGAUUCGGUAACACAGAAAUAAUUACACGCAUUUCUUCAAGAAAGUGCGUGCAUAAGUGUGGUAUAUAAUGCCGUCUUGUGAACCCAAGCAAAAAACAUGCGACGMAUUGUCACUGCAUGCUGUUCGUCAAAGAGGAGUAACAUAGACCACUAUCAAACAUGAUGGGUUAGUGCGGACUAAUCUUACGUGUAUUUUCUUAAUCGGGCUGCCUUCAAGGUCGUGAAGUCUAGGGUUAGGUGUUAUGACAAUUUGUGUAUAUAGUACUAUAUGGUAGAGCUUGGGACUUGCCACGUCACCGGAUUACGUCACCGACAGUCAAACAGUAACUUUUUGUGCUGCUGGGCACAAAGGCGUCACGAACACUUCUAUUSUAGAUGUUGCAUAGUAGUUAGACUGAAUCCAUAAGCUGUAUUUUUAGCUCCUCGAUUUUUCGGUAGUUUACUCCGAUGACAUGUGAAAUCACAUAUCACGUGACCGUGGAAAGGAUYCAUCAAUUUGAGGAAGAUAGUUUUAGUCAAUCAAACUCGGAAAACGAAUGUUAAUYGUGGUAUGCGACAGGAAACUUCUUAUUUGACUGCAUGUUUAUCAAACCUGGGAAAGCAACUCCAACCAAUGUUGCUAAAUAUGCUGUUAUAUCACGUGAUCUUGCAAACGAUUGCUUCAAUUCCUUAUUCAAUCAAAAAUUGGUCAAGCAAACACUGUGUCCUGUUUAUCACGGAAUGUUAUGUUGCAUAUCACUUCACUGUGGAAAAACGACAUGUAAACUUCUCAUUUUGGCUCAAUGUCYAUCAAAACUGAGGAAAUUAUUCUGAUAUAAACCAAUUAAAUUAUCGACUUCCUCGCGCAUGAUUUUCCAAUCUUUAUUAAACUAUCAUUUGUUUCUCUGAUACUUUCUUUGCUGAAAUAGUCUCAUUUGUUUCUAACUGAACAAAAUAACAAUAACAUUGGACACGAUAGCGUACGCGCUGAAGACGAUUCUGAGAAGGCCUACAAACCAUAUUGCUAAAACAUUAAAAUGUUAAGAUUUAUAUUUUCUGUUAAAAAGAUUUGAUUAUUUGUAUCAAAUCCUACUACUAGAAUAUUGUAACUAUAUUAAAUGUUUGAACAUAUAAUUUAUGGAAAACAGUAAAAUAAAACCAAUAAAUGGGAA